UCUGAUAUAUAUAGUAUGGGUAUGAUUAUGUGGGAACUUACGACGGGUUGCAAACCUUUUGAUAAUAUUGAACAUAAUACGGAACUUAUCUAUAAAAUUAUUGAUGGAAAAACCCCCAACAUCACAGAUGAUACUCCUGUUUGUUAUGCUAAUUUAAUGAAAAAAUGUUGGAAUUCUGAUCCUUUAAAAAGACCUUCUGCAAAAGAAAUUCUUGAAGUUACUUAUGCGUGGGCAUUUUUACAAGGAGAUUAUGAAAAUUUUAAUCAAGCUGAA